AUGGCGCUCUUCCACGUCGCGCGGUACGCUGGCCCCGAGGCGGCCGGGGCGGAGGCCGAGGCAGACAACCGGGCUCGCGCGCUGCUGGAGCGGCUGCAGUGCCGGGCCCGAGAGCGGCAGCUGCAGAAGCAGCCGCCGCAGGGAGCGCCCGAGGAGGCCGCGCAGAGCGCGCCGGCGGCGGGGAAGCGGCGGCGACGGCCUCGCAGAACUCGGAGGCGCGAGGGCGGCAGGGAGCCGGGGAGCCCGCCCGCGCCCCUCAGCAAGCGGCAGAAGACCGACGACGAAGACGAGGAGGAGGGCGCAGAGAGCAGUGAGGAGACACCGGCGGAGAGCAGCGUGGGCGCCGAAGCCGCACGAUCGCGGGAGAGCCGGGGCGGCCCGCCCCCCGAAGAGGCCUCUGGGCCCCUAACCCACGCCCUGGUGCUCGGGGGCUUCGGGAGAAGCAAGGUGCCAAAGGUCCAGCCUUUCCUGCCAGUGUGGUUGGCUCAGCCAAGCUGCGUUGGAAAGAAUGUAACUGAAGGCUUGGUGCCUAUCGAAGACAUCCCUGAAGUCCACCCAGACCUGCAGAAGAAGCUGCAGGCACAGGGCAUCUCAUCCUACUUUCCAGUGCAGGCUGCAGUGAUUCCUGCUCUCCUAGAGAGCACAGCCAAUGGGUUUCUGGUCAGCAGAGGCGGCUACCGGCCUAGCGACCUCUGUGUUUCUGCCCCAACGGGCAGUGGGAAGACCCUGGCCUUCGUCAUCCCUGUGGUGCAGGCCCUGCUACAUCGAGCUGUGUGCCAGGUUCGUGCCCUGGUUGUGCUGCCAACCAAGGAGCUGGCCCAGCAGGUGAGCAAAGUGUUCAACGUCUACACGGAUGCCACUCCUCUUCGGGUGGCACUGAUCACUGGGCAGAAGUCGCUGGCUAAGGAGCAGGAGAGCCUCGUGCAGAAGACAGCAGAUGGCUUCCGCUGCCUGGCCGACAUCGUGGUGGCCACCCCUGGCCGCCUGGUGGACCACGUCGACCAGACCCCAGGAUUCAGCCUCCAGCACCUCCGCUUCCUGAUCAUUGAUGAGGCCGACCGCAUGAUCGACAGCAUGCACCAGUCCUGGCUACCGCGGGUGGUGGCUGCCGCCUUUCCUAGUGAGGGCCCCAAGGAUCCCUGUGCUGUGCUCCAGAGAACGCAGCCCCGGGUGGUGACUGCUGCCAGCAUGUGCUGUCCCCAGAUGCCCCUGCAGAAGCUACUCUUCUCAGCCACCCUUACCCAGAACCCCGAAAAGCUGCAGCAGCUUGGCCUUUAUCAGCCCCGGCUCUUCUCAACGGGGUCAGCACACAAGGGCCCCAGAGACCCCGACAUUGACGUGGACAUGGAUUCGGGUGGGAAGUACACCUUCCCCGCAGGGCUCACGCAUCACUACGUGCCCUGCAGUCUCCGCUUCAAACCAUUGGUCGUCUUGCAUCUGAUCUUGGAAAUGAACUUCUCACGGGUCCUCUGCUUUACCAACUCCCGUGAGAACUCACACAGGCUGUUCCUGCUGGUCCAGGCUUUUGGGGGUGUGACCGUGGCCGAGUUCUCCUCCCGCUAUGGGCCUGGCCAGAGGAGGAGCAUCUUGAAGCAGUUUGAGCAGGGGAAGACCCAGCUUCUCAUCAGCACUGACGCCACAGCCCGCGGCAUCGAUGUGCAGGGCGUGCAGCUGGUGGUCAACUACGAUGCCCCCCAGUACCUGAGGACCUACGUGCACAGGGUUGGAAGAACUGCCCGGGCAGGAAAAUCCGGACAGGCCUUCACGCUGCUCCUUAAAGUGCAGGAAAGGAGGUUUCUCCGCAUGCUUGAGGAAGGUGGGGUGCCCGGGCUGGAGCGGCAUGAAACCCCCAGCGAGUUCCUGCAGCCGCUGGUCCCACGGUACGAGGAGGCCUUGUCCCUGCUGGAGAAGGCCAUCAAGGAGGAGCGGAAGCACAAGGCAGCCUAGGCCAGGACUGGGGACACCAGCGAGGGCGCCCUCCUUCCUGGAAAGAUCCUGAGCAGUGGCUGCCAGAUGCCUGAGCGGGAGACAGGGAUUCCUCAGUGACAAGAGUCUCGGUCCCCAAGUACUCUGCUGCUUCAGGCCAGGCCUCGGGACACACAUGAGGCUUGGCCCAGGCCCAAGACCGGCAGAGGGGCACAAGGUCAGGUCAGCUUCCCGUCAGGUGGUCUUCCUGGAAAUAAGGCUCCAGUGAAGCUGUUCACACUCGCCCAGAACUGACGGGGUUGUGUCUGCCAUGCGUUUGGCUGUAAGUUGGGGGUCAGCCUCGAAGUGCCUUCAGGAAUGCAGUUCUUCUAAGGAUGUGAGCCACCACCCUGAGUGGGAGAGGUGGCCCUGGGUCCCUCACUCUUGGGGCGAAGCACUGGCCACUUGGUAGCCAUUGCCUGAGAGGCAUUGCAGAGACCAGAGGACACGCUGUGUGGUCAUCAGUGCUUUACUUCAUGAUUAUUCGUGUGAGAUGAACAUCUAGAAAAUGGCUUCGGAGCACCAACCACUGGCUGUGAACAAGCCUCAUUUCCAAGACUCAUGUGCUAACGUUAAAUAAAGUGUUAAACUGGGGAC